AUGGGGCCGAGCCGAGCCCUGUCCAGCCGGCGGGACAAAGUGUCUCUAUACAUGAGGGUCAUUGUGAAGACUGUGCGUUCAAGGAAGUGUCCUCACUGCCGGUCCCACAGGCCACACGGUCCCACAGGCCACACGGUCCCACAGGCCACACGGUCCCACAGGCCACACGGUCCCACAGUCCACACAGUCCCACAGUCCACACGGUCCCACAGGCCACACGGUCCCACAGGCCACACGGUCCCACAGUCCACACGGUGCCACAGGCCACACGGUCCCACAGGCCACACGGUCCCACAGGCCACACGGUCCCACAGUCCACACGGUCCCACAGGCCACACGGUCCCACAGGCCACCGUCCAAAAGGCCAACUAUAGCAACGACUUCUACUCAGUGAUCAGCCUCAGUGUGCCUCAGCCGACUGUGGAAAGGCUCUGUGGUUUGUCCUCGGCCCCCGGCUCCGGCUCCUGCUGCCCCCUGGCCCCCCCUCGGCUCCGCGGCGCUCAGACCCACGGCAGGCCCAGCCAGCGCCCGGUGCAUCGUUCAGUCCUCUCGCUUCCAGCUCUGUCCAUCGACUUUAGGAAGAACACCCGAUCAAACGCACAGCUGGACACUGCAGAAGCAAGAGAGCAGAGCAGACGCCUGUCCCACUGCCUCCUCUCCCUCAUCUCCCCCCCUCUCUCGGUCCUCUCCCCCUCUCUCUCCUCUUCCCCCUCUCUCUCCUCUUCCCCCACUCUCUCCCCUAUUCCCCCCUCUCCCUCCUCUCCUUCCUCUCCCGUUUCUCCCUCUUUUCCAUCCUUUUCCCCCUCUCCUCCUAUCCCUCCUCUUCUCUCUCCUCUCCUUCCUCUCCCUCCUCUCCCUCAUCUCCCCCAUAUCACCCCCUCUCGGUUCUCUCCUACUUUCUCCCCUAUUCACUCCUCUCCCUCCUCUCCUUCCUCUCCCUCCUAUUCCCUCCUCUCCCCCCUCUCCCUCCUGUCCUUCCUCUCCCGUUUCUCCCUCUUUUCCAUUAUUUUUCCCCCCUCCUCCCUCUCCUACCUCCUCUCCCCCCUCUCCCCCAUCCCUCCUCUUCCCUCUCUCUUCUCCCCCUUCUCGCUCCUCUCCUUCCUCUCCCCCCUUUCCCUCCUCUCCCCUCUUAUCCCUCCUCUCCUCCCUCUACACCCUCUCCCUCUCCUCCCUCUCUUUCCUCCUCUCUCUCCUCUCUCUCCUCUCUCCCCCCCUAACACUGCUGCUGUGGUCAUUUGUGACCCAGACCCAGAUGUACUUGGACAGGUCUCCCCUCAUGGCCUCUGGGUUCUCUGGGAUUUGCAGAUGCUGACUUUUUUAGCAUCACGCCUCAGCCAGGGGUCAGGGGUCGGACUCCCUUCGGCCCCGAUCUCUGAAGAGAACCAACAAGAGUCUUCCUGGGUACAACUCUGA